ACUUGCGGGUUUUGUCUAGGGCUCUAUGGCCGAUGGCUCUUCCAAGCGAGGGAUCAACAAGGCGCAAGAACAGGCGCUCCACCAGCAAGCGCUCCACCAGCAGGCGCUCCAUCAUCAAUCCCUCCAGCAUCACGGCCUGAUUUCUUCCUCGUCUUCGACUUCCAAGCAGCAGCAGUACAAUCCAGGUGUGAAAUCCGAGCCCCCCGAGCAGCACCAUCAGGAUUUUAGCAAGCAGAUUUGCUGCGUGGAAGCCAAGGACGGCGCCGCCGCUGACAACAGCGGCGAUGAGAAAGUGGAGGAAUCGGAGGAAGGGUCGAUUGUUCGUGGCAGCAGUGGAGUGUUUGCCGAUUUAAAUGUGGAGCCUCCCACCAGCGACGGUGAGGAGGAAGGUGAAGCUCGGCCAGAGGAGAAAAGACGAAGAAGACGAGUUUUGAAGGAAGACAGUCCAGCGGAUGAGGAAGGGAAGAAAUCGGGGAAGACUUUCAAGUCUCGAUCAAAAUCUAAGUGGUCCGAGUCCGGCGUGGAUGGCGACUUGGAGUAUCCUGGCAAUGUACAGAACGUGAAGGAAGAAAAGAUCAAGAGCUUAAAAGCUGGACUUGUGCACGUAUCUCGAAAGCUACCAAAGAAUGCACACGCGCAUUUCGUCCUGGGACUGAUGUACCAGCGUUCCGACCAACCACUAAAAGCAAUUCCGGCCUUUGAGAGAGCACAAGAAAUUCUAAAGCAAGCCGACGAUGACCUUUGCCGCCAAGGUAGAGCUCAGUUGUUGGCCUUGGUACAAAACCAUCACGCGCAGUGUCUUCUGCAGGGAAAGAUCGGCGGGCAAAUCUCGCCUGGAAAGGACUUCUCCAAAGAAAAUAUGCGUUUGAUUGGCUCAAAAGUGAAGGAAGCCGUUCCUGAGGACUCUGGCCAAGCUUCCAUAUGGAACACUUUGGGACUCCUUUUAUUGCACACCGGCCGCAUUCAAAGCGCAAUCUCUGUUUUUACGAGCCUGUUGAGUAUAUUACCGGACUCUCUCGACGCUCUUGCGAACCUUGGAGUUGCAUAUUUCCAAAGUGGCGAGCUGGACAAUGCAGCCCGAUGCUUGCAGUCGGUCUUGGAGAAAGAUGUGUACCACCCUGGAGCACUUAUUAACUAUGGAGCAAUACUUGUGCGACAACACGGUUCCUUUUUGCCUGGAGCUGGAGCUGGAGCUAGUAAAGAAACCGGAGCUUAUGCAACACAGCUAAAAGCCGCACACGCAGCUUGUUUAUACUUGCAAACCAGCUUGAAAGAAGACCCGAAAGCUGGCUCGGCUUGGGUCAAUCUUGCUGCUGCUUAUGAAGUCCUGGGCGAUUUUACCAACGCUAGCAAAUGUUUGGAACAGGCCUCCAGAUUGGAGCCCCACAGACUAGCUACUCGUUAUGCCGUGGCCGCUCACAGGAUAAAAGACGCCGAAAGAUCAGACGAUCCAUCGGAACAAAUGUCGUGGGCUGCAAACGAGAUGGCCUCUAUCCUGAGAGAAGGAGACCCAGGAACUUUCCAUCCUCAUCUUGCAUGGGCUGGACUGGCGAUGGUGAACCGGGCACAGCACGAAUCCGCGGCGUCUUUCGAUCGUGGCGUGAUGGACUCGAAAGAUGUCGAAGAACGAGCAGUUCAUACGCUCCAGCAGGCAAUCGAGGAAGAUCCAGAGGAUGCUUUGAAAUGGCAUCAGCUCGGCUUGCACACUCUGUGUACCUUGCAGUUCGUCGCAGCGCAAAGCUAUCUCAAAUCGGCCAUCGCUCGGCGAAGAACUUUCGCAAUGGCUUGGUCGAAUCUAGGCAUAGCUCUCCACUUGUCCGACGAUCCCUCCCUCUCCGAGGCCGUGUACAAGCGAGCGCUGAGCCUCAUGCCCGAGAACCAGUCCUACGGUCUCCACUCCAACCUGGGAAACCUCUACAGGCAGCAGAAGAAAUUUGCCGAGGCCCACGAAUCCUUCGACAGGGCUCUGCGAAUUUGCCCGAACUACGCCCCGGCUUGCAACAAUCUGGGCCUGCUCUACGUCGCCGAGGGGAAGUGGGUGGAAGCGAUCGAGAUGUUCGAUCAAGCAUUCCUCUCGGAUCCUUACUUGGAUGUGGCGAAGUCCAACAAGAUCAAAGCCACCGCCCUAUACACUGACAAGCAAUUUUGAAACGGACAGUCUCGUUAGUCAACUCUAGUCAGCUCUAGUCAACGCAUUAUAUAUUUCACGAGCCCUAACAGUUAAAUAUAGAGUAUAAUCCUCCUUUAACUUCA